AUGGUGAAUAUUCUUCCCCACUCCUUCUCUGAAAUCUCCAUCCUCAAAGGUGGAUCUUCAUUCUUUGUUCUAACAAACAUAAUAAAAACAGAAAAUCAAAAAGAAGGCAAUUGUUCCGAGUUUCCAAGCCCCAAAACAAUAUGUUCUCAAGCUGACAGCUGCAAAAAAGGUUAUGCUGACCCACAGAGUAAUGGCAUUCUAACCGGCAGAUGUAUAGAGUAUAACACCACCUUUAAUACUUGUGAAGUGAGAGCAUGGUGUCCGGUGGAGUCUAAAAGUACUCCAGAGCUGGCCAUUUUGGGAAGUGCUGAGAAUUUUACAGUUUUGAUAAAGAACAGUAUUCACUUUGCAGCCUUUAAUUAUACCACGAAAAACAUCCUUCCGGAAUACAAUGUCACCUGCGUUUAUAACAAAGUGACUGCUCCUCAAUGUCCUAUAUUCCGAUUAGGGGACAUCCUAAAAGAAGCAGGACAUCAUUUUUCCCAAGUUGCCAUUCUAGGUGGCAUUAUGGGCAUAGAAAUCAACUGGAACUGUAAUCUCGACCGUUGGCUUCACAGCUGCCGUCCACAGUACAGUUUCCGACGGUUGGAUGAUAAGGUUGUUAAUGAACGCUUAUAUCCUGGCUUAAAUUUCAGAUUUGCCAAGCACUACAAGAUGCCGAACCAAAGCGACCUGAGGACUCUUAUAAAGGCAUAUGGAAUACGAUUUGACAUUCAAGUCUAUGGCACAGGAGGCCAGUUUAGUUGGUUGGAAUUGGUGAUGUUCAUCGGUUCCUAUCUUUCUUACUUUGGAUUGGCAAAAGUAGUGAUUGAUUUUAUUAUCAGCCUGUACUGCAAAAGGUGCUGCAGCACUACAUCGGGUCAGAGAUACUUUGAUAAGGAGAAGUAUGAGGAGAUCCCCGGGCCCUGUAUUCUAACGUGCCAGGAACUCAAGUUUGUGUCCUUUGUGGAUCAAGAGGACAUAAUAAUGGUGGAUAAAAAAAUAAAGAAAAGCUUACAAGUGACUAAAGGUAAAAAGGUUAAGAGAGGAAAAAAGACUGAUAACAUAGUCCUUGCUCAGCUUGAACUGUCUGCAAUUGAUGGACUGGAAGAACUUCCUCUAUACCCAAGAAGUGCUAAAAAAUCCUCAGCAAUUCCUUCCUGGUGUCGUUGUUUGAAAUGUCUUCCAGAAAAUGCAUUUGAAGAUCAGCUCUGCUGCCGAUAUCAAAAUGGGGAAUGCAUUACAAACUCGGAAAUGUUUAGGAAGCUGGUCCUGCAGAGACUGGCUCUGGUGCACAUCCUGCAAUACAACAAUCCUCUGAUAAACAGGCAUUCCAUAGGCAAAAAACAGCUAGCAGAGUGCGCUCGAAAUCAGUAUGUCCAAUGGCGCUUUGGGAGCAAUAAGAAUAUGAUGGACUUUGCAAAGAUACCAAGCUGUUGUAAACAUGAAAUAGAAAACACGUUCAAUGGUGAUGCAUCUGAAACCUCCUUGCAACAUGCAGAUAAAGACACAAAAAGGCAGUCCGCAUCUAAUACCUCCAGGAAACCUCUGCUGAAACAGCAGCCUAUGAGAGGAAAAAAGACUGAUAACAUAGUCCUUGCUCAGCUUGAACUGUCUGCAAUUGAUGGACUGGAAGAACUUCCUCUAUACCCAAGAAGUGCUAAAAAAUCCUCAGCAAUUCCUUCCUGGUGUCGUUGUUUGAAAUGUCUUCCAGAAAAUGCAUUUGAAGAUCAGCUCUGCUGCCGAUAUCAAAAUGGGGAAUGCAUUACAAACUCGGAAAUGUUUAGGAAGCUGGUCCUGCAGAGACUGGCUCUGGUGCACAUCCUGCAAUACAACAAUCCUCUGAUAAACAGGCAUUCCAUAGGCAAAAAACAGCUAGCAGAGUGCGCUCGAAAUCAGUAUGUCCAAUGGCGCUUUGGGAGCAAUAAGAAUAUGAUGGACUUUGCAAAGAUACCAAGCUGUUGUAAACAUGAAAUAGAAAACACGUUCAAUGGUGAUGCAUCUGAAACCUCCUUGCAACAUGCAGAUAAAGACACAAAAAUGCAGUCCGCCUCUGAUACCUCCAGGAAACCUCUGCUGAAACAGCAGCCUAUGGCAACGCUACCUUAA